UGUGAGGGGGGCAGUUUGAGUGCAGUCUGUGGAAAGGAAAUCCCUCUUUUGUUCCCAACAACGUUAUUUGUUCAUAGCUCAGGCAUAAGGAUGAAUACGUGACUCGGAUAUAUAUAUAUAUAUAUAUAUACUGCUUGUUUUGGGUCAGACCGCAGAAACUCUGACCGCAGAAACUCUGACCGCAGAAACUUCUGGAAAUGAGAUGAACAAUCUGGUAAAGUUAGCUUUAUUGAUACACAGUGAUAUGAAGAAUAAACCAUAUGUUGUUGUUUACCAACUGAAAAGAGGAAAAAGAAGAAGUUUUCUGGUUGUUCAGGUUUCACCAGUAAAACCUUCGGCUGGAAAUGAGAGUCUUCGUGUGGGUGAGACAUCAUCUCGGACCUGAAGGUGGUGAAGUUUUGGAAACAAAAGCACUUUAGUUUAAGAACACCACCCCAGCAGGGCCAUGGCAGAAGGCCGGCUCUCCAGGCAAGAGGCAUCGCGAAAGAGGCCGGACCAAUGAGGCCAGGCCCUUGAGGCAGGAGGCACAAAGAAGGAGGCAGGGCCAUUGGGAAGGCGGCCAGGUUAGUACGCAAUGAAGAGACGUAAAUUCAUCCAUAAGUAUGGUAUGGCUGGUGGCCUCGAUGAGCCCUAUCAGCCUUUUGUCUCGGAGGUGUUUGGAACACUUGAUGUGAGAUUGUAAAGCCGUCUGAGGCUAAUUUGUAAUUUGUGAUUUUGGCCUAUACAAAAUAAACUGAAUUGAAUUAACACAGACUGGUAGUGACAUAAGGUGCGUGUUAAGAUUUUGAGGGAUACUAUUAUGCCCGGGAUUCCAUUUUGCCGUUUUCGGAUUUUUUUUGCCCCUUGGUGAGGAUUUUGUUAGUAGUAGUUGCCACUCCAUCGAAGCUUCGUGGUCAUGUGAUCAAACUUGCUCAUGGUGGGUCAGGGCAUUUGGGUGUCCGAAAAACCCAUGACCGGAUUUUGCGCUAUUACCUCUGGCCAUGAAUGAAGAAGGAUGUUUCUCUGCACAUUAAAACCUGUACCACGUGUCAGCUGACUGAUAAACCGAAUCAGGUCAUUAAGCCGGCUCCGCUGUAGCCAAUCCCAGCUAUCAGUCAGCCAUUUGAGUGCCUAAUUAUUGAUUGUGUGGGGCCGCUGCCCCGUGCGAGGUCUGGUAGCCAGUAUUUACUAACUGUUAUGUGUCAAAGCACCAGGUACCCGGCAGCGUAUCCCUUACGAGCAAUAACUGCAAGAUCUGUAGUUACAAUUCACAAUUCAUAACUGUGUUUGGCAUCCCUAGAGUCAUACAAAGUCACCAGGGGUCAACAUUUCCUCUCACCUGAUGGCCGAAGUGUUGAAACUGUUGGGUAUUACACUUAACCAGUCGUUUGCAUAUCACACACAGUCAAGGUGCUUUGGAGCGCUUUCACCAAACACUCAAGUCUCUCUUGGCUUGUACUGUACUGAGCUAGAUGGAGACUGGGAAGAUGGACUACCGUGGUUACUUUUAGCUGCCCUGGGAUGUAAUACAGGAAAGUACAGUUUAUUUUUUGUGUGAUAGUUUUUGUGUGAUAACACAUUCAAAACAUUAAAACAAUACUAGUAACAGUAUCCCUACCUUCAGAUGACCUUCAUAAAGCAUGAAAGUCUCUCUGUUCAGUUUGUCCAGUCUGGGCUGCUGUAGAAACAUGGAUGUGCAAGAUGGCGGCCUCUAUUGAAGACCACCCGCUCCCUGAUUAAAACAUAGGUUGGUCAGAGGGAGCAGCUUCUGGAGGAAUGAGGCUCGUCAGGUUUGACUGGUCUGAGUCUUCAGAGUGGAGGAGGAUCUGCUCGAUCACAAUGAAUCAGAAAGUCAGAGGUUUGGCUGUAAAGAGUAAAGUUUCAUAAGGAAACCUGAAGACCAUGGCAGUGAAUCUGAAUAGGAACGGUCCUUCACUCAUGGACGCUUAUAAAGAAGUGGUGGACGGGAGGUUGGACACAAACUGGGCUCUCUUCACUUACGAAGGGAACACUAAUGAUAUCCGUCUGGCAGAGAAAGGAGAAGGUGGAUUAGAGGAGAUGGUGGAGGAGCUGAACAGUGGGAAGGUGAUGUACGCUUUCUGUCGAGUCCAGGACCCAAAUUCUGGUCUUCCCAAAUAUGUCCUCAUAAACUGGACAGGUGAAGGUGUGAAGGACUCCAGAAAAGGAAUGUGUGCCAACCACAUGAACUCGAUGGCCAGCUUCCUGAAGGGAGCUCAUGUGACCAUAAACGCUCGCGGAGACGACGACGUGGAACCAAAGGCCAUCCUGGAGAAAGUGGCCAAAGCAUCCGGAGCGAACUUUCAUUUCCACCAACCGAAGGAAUACAGAGAUGCUCCGAGAGGAGCCGUGGGCUCUGUGUAUCGGAAGGUCAACGCUGUGGAGGAAAUCCAACAGACCAGAAAGGACGACUUCUGGGGUCAAACUCAGAGGGAUGAAGCAGUUCGUCUGCAGGAGGAGGACAAACGAGUGCAGCAGGAGAGACAGACACUGGAGAGGGAUAGGAGGGAGGUGGAGGAGAAACAGACCAAGGACAGGGAGAGAAGCGCCAAGGAGAGAGCUCUGCAGAUCCAACAGGAGAAGGUUCAGCAGCAGAUAAAGGAAGAGGAGCGAGAGGCGGAGCAGCAGCGGCAUAACCCACAGGAAAACGGAAAGAGGAAGUCGGGCAUCAACUUUGCUGCGUCGGUGCAGAAAGCUAAUGAGGCCAAAUCACUGAUUUCUCAGAGAUCAUUUAACCCCAGAGACGUAUUCAAGCAGAGGGAGCAGAGCUUUGAAUCUCCUGCUGCAUCCAGACCAGGUGCAUCCAGACCAGGUAACCCCAGACUAGGUGAACCCAGAACAGGGAAGGUUUUAUCUCAGAAGUCCUUUGAGAGAGAAACUUUACUGCAUCCUCAAUCUCCACCUGCUCCAGCUGUGGUCCCUCUAUCUCCUGUCUCACCUGUCUCUUGUGUCACUCGUGUUUCACCUGUGCUGUCUCACUCACCUGCUGCACCACCAGAAACAACCGGCUCACCUGUUCAAGCUGCAGACACAGCUAACACAGAAGAGGAGGAGUGGUCUGAUGAGUUUGAAGAUGAUGGAGAUGAAGCUCCUCCUGAGGACCUGUACGAGGCAGCUCCUCCAGCAGGGACAGAUGAGGACCUGUACGAGGACGUCUACCAUCAACACGUGUCUUCCUCCGGAGACGGUGAUGCGGAGACCAGUGGACAGGGCAUCAGUGCCAAAGCUCUGUACGACUACCAGGCUGUGGACGACACUGAGCUCACCGUUGACCCCGGUGACAUCAUCACAGGGAUCGACAUGCUGGAUGAGGGCUGGUGGAGAGGAUAUGGACCUCAAGGGAACUACGGCAUGUUUCCGGCCAAUUAUGUUGAGCUUCUCUGAUUGCGUCGCAUUGCCCAUUGUUAACUGACAGGAAGUGGAUCAAGAUAAUAAAAGCUCAAUAUUUAUCUGA